GCGAUUUCAAGCGGAGAUUCAGCAUUGUUCAAUACAUACGUGUAAGCGAGCUAUCCCUUGGAGAGCUCUUGGUUUAGUAUCUCUUCCAACGUACAACGGAUUACAUACUACCAACCGAAGUAGCUUGUUUUCAAUCUCUAAAUUUGGAGAGGAAAAUACGGACUUCCACUACCAGAACAUUUCAAAUAGUUGUUCACCUCCUGAUCCUUGAAGAAGCAUUUCCGAAACGACGCUUUUGUCAACAGUUUUGAGUUUUUGAAUUGCGCGCCUAAACCUAUCCUUUCAUCCACGUUGCUCUCAACCAAAUCAUCCAACGUGGAACUUCUUGAGUGGAAUAAAUACACUUCCGUGAUUCCCAAAGCUCAAAUUAGCGUAACGCUCGCUUCCAGAUCCUCAGGAUCAGGGUUCACAAACUGUGACCACUUUCUUGACCCUUAGGUGAAAAUAUUGAACCAUUCCGCCUCCACUUUCAAAGUCUGAAGUAGUGUAUUAUUAAGCACUUCAAGAGGAGCCAAAGAUUCACACAGUCGCUCAUUUAACAAACGUAAAAGUGUCGGCGUUCAAGUGUGUAUGACGCACUCCCGUUGAAGAGGUACACUCUCGAACAAGUGGUUGAUUCGGAGGCGACCUUGAAUUUCACUUGCAAAAACCAGGUUUCUAUUCAACGGAAACUCCCAAGUUCGAGCCCGGACCCAAGAGAGGCAAGUUGGACAUUAAAUCAGGCAACAUGAAGGUGAAUGAAGCUUUCGAAGGCGAUAGUGGGCCAGAUGGCAGUGUGACUCUGAAAUCCGUGCAAUCUGUGAAAUCUCCGGAUUCCUUGGGAGGUGAUCAUCAAAUGUGGCAAAGUAAGAUGUUCAACCAAUCCAAUGAUCGCCAAGGACGUGGUGAGGCCAAGUUGGGUCCGGAAGACAGUUCCAACGACUCGAACAGCUCCCAAAGUGAUAUCUCCGCAUCCCAUGAGGACAUUCAAUCCAUGGAGAUGCUCAAAACUAAAGAAACCAUUGCUGUGAUCGGAAGCGGCGACUUUGGUCGAGCUCUCUCCGGUCGAUUGGUCCAAGCCGGUUAUGAAGUGAAUAUUGGCUCCCGAGAUCCCCAGAGAAACGCAGAAUUGGUGGAGAAGGUUGGCGCUAAUCCUCGGUUUCAAGAUGAGGCUAUUCGUUCAAGUGACGUGGUCAUUGUGGCUGUACCCAAACAUUUCUAUGAAGAUUUACCCACCAAACUUCUGGCAGGCAAAACCGUGGUGGAUGUGAGCAACCGAAACACGGUCCAAAGAAAGACGACUUUGUCUCAGGCCGAACAACUCCAGGCCUUGAUUCCCGAGGCUCAUGUGGUGAAGGCUUUUAACGUGCUCUCGGCCUAUGCUCUGGAAAGUGGAGGCUUGCAAGGAAGUAAAGAGGUAUUUUUGGCGGGAGACAGCCAUGAGGUCAAGGACCUUGUUACCGAUAUCAUUCGCCGCUGUGGAUUCAUUCCUGUGGAUAUGGGACUCCUUAUGGCUGCCCGCGAAAUUGAGGACAUCCCCGUUCAAAGGUUUUCCAAUUGGAAGCUCCCACUUAUCAUUUCCACCAUCACAUUCGUUUUCUUAUGGCUGUUGGGCUUCCUCAAAAUGCAGAUUUGUUGGACCUUUGAAUGGGGCGAUGGAACUUGGCAUUGGGAGAGAUUUAAUCAGCUUCCCAUGGAGACCCUGAAUAGGACAUUGUCUGUUCAUGCUCUGACACUUUUGGCCACGUGUUAUUUACCCGGGGUUCUGGCCGCGUAUCUGCAGUUGUUCCGGGGAACAAAGUACUCACGAUUCCCUGGUUGGUUGGACCAAUGGCUCAAGAUGAGAAAACAGCUGGGUCUACUCAUGCUGUUUUCGGCGUGUUUGCACGCUUGUCUAUCGGUGGCAGUGAUGUCGCCCACAUACCAUGAUCUGGUUUACGGCCAUCCCACUGAGAUCCUGGCCCAUACGAUGGAAGGCGAAGGCUGGGGACCCAAGACUCUGGUGGCCAAUCAAACUGUCAAAGUUUUCGGCGAGGAGAAAAUGAUGUGGAGAGGCGAAUUCUUCCUCACCACGGGAGUGCUGGCGUUUGCUUUGGCAGUGUUGUUGGGCAUCACUUCCCUGCCAUCCGUGACGGCCUCGAUGACUUGGAAAGAGUUUGCUUUUGUCCAGUCCAAACUGGGAUGGAUCUGUCUGAUAUUGGCUUGUGCUCACAACCUUUUCUACGGCUGGCCUUACAUAAAUUCCCCCAGUUGCCAUAUCCCAUCUUCGUUUCAGUAUGUGAUGUACUUGCCAGGUUUGACAAUGGUGCUCAAGAUCCCUUUGGUGAUGCCGUGUAUUUCCAAUCAUUUGGAAGCAAUUCGUGGCGGAUAUGAGAGAAGCCAAGGCGAAAAGAAGUUGUUGAAUAAAAACAAAGUGGAACAAGCUUAAUUGGUCAAUCCACAGUAUCCACAGUGAGCCCUAACAUCAACUUGACGAAGGCAGUCUUCUCUCCAGC